UCUAUACAAACUGAAAAGACCUGAAAAUAAUAAGCAGAAGAUGAAUGAAAAGGCGAAGCAGAGCGGUUACGCCGCCGGCGACGUCGAUGGCAACGGCGACGGAGGAUAUACGUUAGUUGAUGCCGGGGAUCCGAUGUUGGACGCCGGAAGAGGCAACAGAGUUAGUAGUGGAAGAGUGAAAGAACCUUGGUCCCCGGAGGAAGACGCGAUACUGACUGAACUCGUAAACAAGUUCGGUGCAAGGAAUUGGAGUAUGAUAGCGCAAGGAAUUCCAGGCCGUUCUGGGAAAUCAUGCCGUCUUCGAUGGUGUAAUCAGCUUGAUCCGGUGCUUAAACGCAAGCCUUUUACUGAUGAAGAAGACCACAUUAUAAUUAAUGCGCAUGCAGUCCAUGGAAAUAAAUGGGCCUCAAUUGCAAAAUUGCUCCCUGGUAGAACAGACAAUGCUAUUAAGAACCACUGGAACUCUACACUAAGGCGCCGGUUUGGAGGGAUAUGGAGGGUUAAACCACUGCGCAGCAUGAUGUUAGAUGAUAGUAGCAUUGACAAGGCCAAGGCAUUAUUUGAAGAAACUAUGUCACGUGGAUAUCUUAACCAAAUUAAGCCCCUGGAAAUUCUGGAAGUUAGUCGCACAGAGUGCAUGUCUAGCCAGUCUGAUGACAAAGCCCAAAUAUGUGAGAUUUAUGGUAUUCCUGAGAAAACUCCACACUCUGUUUCUGAAAGAAGUCGUUCUACAUCUAUGGGAAACAGUGAUCCAUCUGCUUCUCAUCCAACUGAGAAAAUUGGUGCAUUUAAUGUUUAUAACCCUUCCGUAACUUCAAGAAUAGUGCCAAUACAGGGGCCUCUGAUCCACACAUUCUCACCAGACUUUGAUAUAUGCAAACUUCUUGAAGGUGUAUCUGGUGAAACAAUAGUUCCUCAGGGGUGCGGCCAUGGUUGCUGUGCAGCUACUACCAAGAGCACCUCCAAAAGUUCAUUGUUGGGUCCUGAAUUUAUUGAAUACGAGGAACAUCCUCCCCUCCUCGGCCAUGAGUUAGCUUCUAUGGACACAGAUUUGAACAACAUUGCUUGGAUCAAAAGUGGACUAGGAAAAGCCCGCAAAUUAUCCAACCUAACCACAAGCCAAGGAAAUUCUCGACAUAGUUCUGCUCAAAUGGGUUUUGGAUAACAGAAGAUGAAACGAGAUCACUCUUUUUGAGCAGAGGAAGCCUAUUGAUUGGCAUGAUGAUCGAUUUAUUUUCAACUCCAAUGAUUAUGCCAAAUAUUGGAUUGCCAGCUGAAGUUGAAGGCUCGAGCUGAAACUUGUAGGGUUUUUCUGUUUCUUCUUUGUGGCGGUUUUUUUGUGACAUAUAUGGUAUACGAAUGCAGGUACAUUAAACUAAGGGAGGGGGAAAAUAUAGUUUCUGCUAUUGCAGACUGGGAAGCUGCUCAAUCUUGUAGAGUUGUUGCUGUAUGGCUGGCAAUGAAAUGGUCGUGGUA